AUGGGAUCAGGGAGGCAGUGUGGCAAAAAAAAGAGACCGUACAAUGCGGUGUGGUAUACUGAUGAGUGGGGCUAUGUUUUUGAUGACUCUGAAGAGGAGGAAAUUCCAGAUGCAGUCGUUACGGAUACUUUUGUUAAUUCAUUGAGUUCAUGUCGAAGAAAGAAACAGAGAGUUGGUCGUGCAGGGCGGAGAAUCCGACGUUUGUUAGAUAAAGAUUGUUUAGUUGGUACUGUGAAGGAACAAGACCGUGUGGGAAACCGCAAAUACAGGCGUUUAGAGAAUGCCAAACUCAUAUACGCAUUGGCGGAUCCUAAUGAUAUAUGUGAAGAUUUUUCUGAUCUCGUUCCUGAAACGGUUUCGGCAUUUGCCUUACUGUUUAUUGAUCAGUCUAAUAUGAAGGCUUGGAAUGAUUUUAUCGAAAAAGACGAAGAGGAACAGGAAGCGUUUUUGAGGAAAGCCGAUAAUUAUAAAAAUGACGAUCUUGAAGACGGUGGUCAUUACGCAAGCAGCUCGGCAGAGAGACGUAAUAAGGACAAGUGGGUUAGGGAAAAUCUUGACCGUGAUUCUCGCAGUCACCACCCAGCUUAUUCUGCUGCAGCAUGCUUCUCCAGAUUAGAUGUGCACUUCAAAAAUCUUUUUUACAGACGAGAGUUACCGUGGACGUUUAUAAAUGAUAUCGAAGAUAUGCUUCGACAGUUCUUUAUUUCUCAUGGAUCAAAGGAAGCUAAAUGGAUAUCGGACACAAUGCCCUCAGCGUGGCAUCGUUUGCUUUUACACGGAGUGUCACAAUACUUGUCAUUACGAUCCAGAAGCUUUGUUAAUGACUUGGGCGGGAAAUUUGUCAAAGUCUACAACCCUCGACCGUUCUUUGUACCACCCCACAGAAGCCUCUCGUCUUUCCUUGCUCAGAAGCGAAAGGAUGAAAGCUUUGGAUAA